AAUUUGCUGUGACGCAAUAAUUAGGCAUGUGCCCAGAUGGUGACUGUCAUUUCCUUACCCAUAUCGAUGGGCUGUUAUGUACAUGAGUAAUCUCACCAACUCAAGAUGAAUUGCUUUUGUAGCUAACUGUUCCCUCAUGGAAAGUCUGACAAUAUAGUCUAUAGCAAAGCAUAGUUAAAAGCCAGCAUCAUAAUGCAGAACCUUAAAUUGCCAUUCUCCCAUGUGAGCAGCCGGGUAGGAGGCCAAGGCAUGCUGAACACCACAUGGUAAAACCUACGUAACUAAUUCAUGUUGACCUGAAGUUAUACAGGAUCUGCCUCACAGUAGACUAACGUGACUAGUAAUUUAUUUGCAUUGAGGUGACACCAGCAGGACUGUAAAAUGGAUUUAGGAUUAAAAGACCGUACCAACAGGACACCUACCAGGAACACCUCUGCUGCUACAAAGAAUUUUUCUGCCUGGGAAGACUAUAAGAGUAGUGUUGAUGACAUACAGUACUUUCUUAUUGGGCUGUACACACUUAUAAGUCUGGCUGGCUUUAUGGGAAAUCUGCUUAUACUAAUGGCCCUACUAAAGUGCAAGCAGAAGACGAUAAUAAACAUUCUCAUAGGUAACUUGGCCUUUUCUGACAUCUUGGUUGUGCUGUUCUGUUCGCCUUUCACACUGACAUCUGUCCUGCUUGAUCAGUGGAUGUUUGGCACUGUCAUGUGCCAUGUAAUGCCCUUCCUCCAAUGCGCAUCAGUUCUAGUUUCAACUUUGAUGUUAAUAUCUAUUGCUGCAGUCAGGUACCGUAUGAUAAAAUAUCCCCUUUCUAGCAAUCUAACAGCAAAACAAGGCUAUUUCUUAAUAGUGACCAUUUGGGCCUUUGGCUUCACAAUUUGCUCCCCUCUGCCAGUUUUCCACAAAAUUGUGGACCUCAGCAAAACUCUGAAUUUAGAGGCACUGGAGAACAGACUCUUGUGUAUCGAGUCAUGGCCUUCCGAUUCCUAUAGAAUUGCCUUUACAAUAGCCUUGCUGUUCAUGCAGUACAUACUGCCGCUGGCGUGUUUAACUGCUAGUCACACGAGCGUCUGCAGGAGCAUAGGUUCUAGACUGUCAAACAAGGAAAACAAGUUUGAAGAAAAGGAGAUGAUAAACCUAGCUCUUCAUCCCUCUAAGAGCACUAGCACACAGGUGCAGUCCUCUGGGCACUCCAGGUGGAGCUGUGCCUUUGGCAAAAAGCACCACAGAAGAUAUAGCAGGAAGACUUCAAGUGUGAUGCCAGCUAUUUCAAGGCAUCAUCAGGAUACUCAUUCAAGAGAUCUCCCAGAAACCUCUGGCACAGAAAAAAGUCAGCUCUUUUCCUCCAGUAAAUUCAUCCCUGGGAUUCCUAUCUGUUUUGAAAUGAAACCAGAAGAAAAUACAGAGAUCCAGGACAUGAUUACAGUAUCCCGAUCCAUUGUCAGAAUUAAGACAAGAUCAAGGAGAGUUUUUUGCAGACUGACAGUGCUAAUCCUAGUUUUUGGUUUCAGUUGGAUGCCUCUUCACCUUUUCCACAUUGUGACAGAUUUUAAUGCCACUCUCAUUUCUAACAGACAUUUUAAAUUAGUAUAUUGCAUAUGCCAUUUAUUGGGUAUGAUGUCCUGCUGCUUGAAUCCCAUCCUCUAUGGGUUUCUUAACAACAGCAUAAAAGCUGAUUUAAUGUCCCUUAUCCCAUGCUGCCAAAUACUAUGAUUUUAUGUGCCCCAAGAUAAAGUAAAACAAACAAGUAUGGCUUUCAAGCCUACUGGCAUGCAUAGCUGUAAAAGAUAUGUAAAAGAUAUUAGUUUAGUUUACUUAGUCUGACUUGGUUAUGAUUAGUAGCAUUUUAUGUGAAUGUAUAGUUCUAUGGCUGCAUGUAUUUCUUGCAUUGGGCAGAACUAUAUACAUAUGUUAUAACAUUUCCCUAUCUCUUACACGUAGGAAACCAUGCCCAGUGUACAAAACCGGAAUACCAUUUUCAUUACCUGAAAUGUUGGCAAUCUGUACUUUGGAAUUAUACAGAAUAUAUAAUGAAUAAUAAA